GCGCGCGUUUCUUGUUAGGUUUUGCGUGCUACGUUUGUUGAAAUAUCUAUUGCUUGGAUUCAUCGUUACGCGACAAAACUGAGUUUGUAAUUGGAUUGUACAAUAUUGAUCCGUCGUUGUUUAAAGAUGGUGUUUAGAUGAUGGUUUUUACUUCGAUUGUAAGCAAAGAAUAACGCAAUCUUAGGCUUCUAUUGUUGUGAUCGUGCCAGAUGGAUCUUCUGAUCGUGAUCAUAGUAUAUAGAACUCCUGCGUGAAAAUAAGAGGAUGCUGGACAAAUCUAUACGAGAAAUAGAAAGAGAGAGGCAAGGUUUACAAGCACAAGAGAAGAAGUUGAUUGUCCAGAUAAAGAAUAAUGCAAAGCAAGGGCAGAUGGGAGCUGUUAAGGUGAUGGCGAAAGACCUUAUCAGAACACGACAUCAGGUUGAAAAAUUUUAUAAGCUUAAAUCCCAGCUUCAAGGUGUUUCUCUCAGGAUUCAGACUUUGAAGUCAACACAAGCCAUGGGGGAGGCAAUGAAAGGUGUAACAAAGGCAAUGGGCCAGAUGAAUAGGCAGAUGAAUUUGCCAGCACUGCAGAAAAUAAUGCAGGAAUUUGAGAUGCAGAAUGAAAAGAUGGAAAUGGUUUCUGAGGUCAUGGGAGACUCUAUUGAUGAUGCUUUGGAAGGGGAUGAGGAAGAAGAAGAAACAGAAGAUCUCGUUAACCAAGUUCUUGAUGAGAUUGGAAUCGACAUAAAUUCAGAGCUUCUAAAUGCACCAUCAUCAGCCGUAGCUGCCCCAGCUGUGAAGAAUAAGGUCCCACAAGUUGAAGCGACAGGAGCGACAGGAACUGACGACACUGGGAUAGACAGUGAUUUGCAGGCAAGGUUAGACAAUUUGAGAAGAAUGUAGUUUGCUGCUUGUAUAGAUUGACGGGGGAAGUUAAAAGAAUGAGACCUUGUAUUAUUCGCGGAGAAUUUGUCACUUGUGGUUUCGUACAGCUGAUAUAUUGCAACAAAAUUGUAUUUUGAUGCUUAUUAAUAUGGCCUUUGUGUGUCUACAUCUAGAGGUUGAGUAUGCCUCUCCUGAUUUCUUUUUAUCAAAGUCUACCAAAUACCAUUAUUUCUUCCUGAA